UGAUGAGAUCGUGUGUCCCUCAUAUUCAAUCUCAUCACGUUCCAACACCGUCACUAAUUCACACACACCUCUCUCUUUCUCUCUCUACAACCACUCUCUCUCUGAAAACACACACACUAACACACAACGAAGACGGAGCAUUAGCAAACCGCAAUGGCGGGAAACGACUGGAUAAACAGUUAUUUAGAAGCAAUUCUGGACGUAGGUCCUGGGCUCGACGACGCUAAAUCGUCGCUAAUUCUCCGUGAACGAGGACGCUUCAGUCCUACUCGUUAUUUCGUCGAUAACGUUAUCGGAUUCGAUGAAACCGAUCUUCAUCGGUCCUGGGUUAAGGCGCAGGCGACCAGGAGUCCACAGGAGAGGAAUACAAGGCUUGAGAAUAUGUGUUGGAGGAUUUGGAAUCUGGCUAGACAGAAAAAGCAGCUUGAGAGUGAGGAAGCUCAAAGAAUGACCAAACGCCGCCUUGAGCGCGAACGGGGUCAUAGAGAAGCCGUGGCCGAUAUGUCAGAAGACUUAUCAGAGGGGGAGAAAGGAGAUAUCGUUAGCGAUGUUUCCGCUCACGGUGAUAACCACAAAAGUCGUUUGUCUAGAAUUAGCUCUACCGAUGCAAUGGAAGCGUGGGCUAAUCAACAAAAGGGCAAAAAGUUGUACCUCGUACUAAUAAGUCUUCACGGUCUAAUACGUGGUGAAAAUAUGGAGCUUGGUCGUGAUUCCGAUACGGGUGGUCAGGUUAAGUAUGUUGUGGAACUUGCACGCGCUUUAGCUUCAAUGCCAGGUGUCUACCGAGUCGAUUUACUAACUCGACAAGUCGCGUCACCCGAAGUUGACUGGAGUUACGGUGAACCAACGGAAAUGCUCGCGCCACAUAAUUCCGAAAGUUUGUCGGACGAAAUCGGCGAGAGUAGUGGCGCAUAUAUAAUCCGAAUUCCGUUCGGUCCACGAGAUAAAUAUAUCCCCAAAGAGCUUUUAUGGCCACACGUCCCCGAAUUCGUUGACGGUGCACUUAGCCACAUAAUCCAAAUGUCGAAAGUUUUGGGUGAGCAAGUCGGUGGUGGUCGGCCCGUAUGGCCCGUUGCUAUCCACGGUCAUUACGCCGAUGCCGGUGACUCAGCGGCUCUUCUUUCCGGUGCCCUAAACGUACCCAUGCUUUUUACGGGCCACUCGUUAGGGCGAGAUAAGCUAGAACAACUUUUAAGGCAAGGGAGAUUAUCUAAAGAUGAAAUUAACGAUACAUAUAAAAUAAUGCGUAGGAUAGAGGCUGAGGAGUUGACACUUGAUGCGUCUGAAGUGGUUAUAACGAGCACCCGACAGGAAAUAGAAGAACAGUGGCGGUUGUAUAACGGGUUUGACCCGGUUCUUGAGCGUAAGCUUCGCGCUAGGAUCAGGCGUAACGUUAGUUGUUACGGCAGGUUCAUGCCUCGCAUGGUUGUGAUUCCUCCAGGGAUGGAGUUUAAUCAUAUUAUUCCGCAUGACGGUGAUAUGGACGGUGAAACCGAAGGAACCGAAGAUCGUCAGGCCACUCCGGACCCACCUAUUUGGGCCGAGAUAAUGCGUUUCUUUACUAACCCACGUAAACCUAUGAUACUCGCACUUGCGAGGCCCGACCCGAAAAAGAAUCUUACGACUUUGGUCAAAGCAUUCGGGGAGUGUCGUCCGUUACGGGAGCUUGCCAAUCUUACUUUAAUAAUGGGUAACCGUGAUAACAUCGAUGAGAUGUCAAGCACAAGUGCUUCAAUGCUUCUUUCGAUUAUUAAAAUGAUCGAUAAGUAUGAUCUUUACGGUCAAGUGGCGUAUCCUAAACAUCAUAAGCAGAGUGAGGUUCCUGAUAUCUAUAGUUUAGCCGCAAAGACUAAGGGUGUUUUCAUCAAUCCAGCUUUCAUAGAGCCAUUUGGACUCACUUUGAUUGAGGCUGCAGCUCAUGGGCUACCAAUGGUUGCCACAAAAAAUGGCGGUCCUGUAGAUAUACACCGUGUACUUGACAACGGUUUACUCGUUGAUCCACAUGAUCAUGAAUCCGUUGCGGAUGCGUUGUUAAAACUCGUGGCGGAUAAGCAACUUUGGUCAAAAUGCAGGUCAAACGGGUUGAGAAACAUUCACUUAUUUUCAUGGACCGAACAUUGUAAAACUUAUCUUUCGCGGAUUGCUAGCUGCAAACCGAGGCACCCCGGGUGGCUAAAAAACAACGAUAGCGACGACGAUGAAAAUUCCGAACCGGAAUCACCGGGUGAUUCGUUAAGAGAUAUGCAGGAUAUAUCUCUAAAUUUGAAGUUUUCGAUGGACGGUGUCGACUCCGAGGAUAGAAAGACUAAAUUAGAGAAUGCGGUUAUGUCAAUAUCAAAGGGUAAUAUCGUAAAAACCGCACAAAGGACCGUGUCCGGAGAAAAAGCCGAUCAAGCGAAGUUUCCUGCGUUAAGAAGACGAAAUCAUAUAUUCGUAAUCGCCGUUGACGGCGAUAACAUCAAAAAUCUUUUCGAAAACGUUAAAAAGAUUUUUUCAGCUGUGGAAGAUGAGAAAAACAACGGGUCGGUUGGGUUUAUAUUAGCGACGUCUUUACAGAUGGCGGAGAUUCACUCGUUUUUGGUCUCGAACGGGCUAAAUCCUUCCGAUUUUGAUGCGUUUAUUUGCAACAGCGGUGCUGAUCUGUACUACACAUCUUCUCAUUCGGAAGAUAACCCGUUUGUGUUUGAUCUUUAUUAUCAUUCUCACAUUGAAUACCGGUGGGGAGGUGAAGGGCUUAGGAAGACUUUGGUUCGGUGGGCUUCUUCGAUUAUUGAUAAAAAGGGCCAGAAUAAAAAUGAAGAACAUGUUGUUACGGAAGAUGAAGCGGUUUCUACCAACUACUGUUACGCUUUUAACGUUCAAAAUCCCGCACUGGUUCCGCCUGCAAAAGAGCUUCGGAAGAUGAUGAGAAUCCAAGCGCUCCGUUGUCACGUUAUUUAUUGCCAAAAUGGGAGGAAAAUUAAUGUUAUUCCGGUAUUAGCGUCUCGUUCACAAGCGCUUAGGUACUUGUAUCUCCGAUGGGGUAUGGACUUAUCGAAAGUGGUGGUUUUUAUCGGUGAAAGUGGAGACACGGAUUAUGAAGGAUUCCAUGGUGGUGUUCAUAAGUCUGUUAUACUUAAAGGAGUCGGUAAUGGUAUUAGCGACCAACUUCAUGCCAACAGAGUUUACCCGCUUUCAGACGUAUGGCCCACAGACAGCGCUAACAUUGUUCAGACACGCGAAGAGUUUGGUGUUGCCGACAUUCGUGAGUCGUUGGGAAAACUUGGAGUUCUUAAAGGAUAAAUGAUCAGUGAUGUGUUUUUCUUGUUCUUUUUAUGCAACUUCAUAAAACUUGAGGAAACUUGUGUUAUACAUAGAAAUUGUGAAUUGCAAGUUUUGUCGUUUAUCUAUAUAUCCAGUUUCAGGCGGUA